AUGCAGUCUUCGAUCAACCUUCCUCUCACUUGGCCCACAGGCAUUCUCGAUGAUGAUGGGGCAGAGCAAGAACUCGAAGCUUACCCUUUCGAAGAUCUUGAGCGCAACCCGGACGUUUGCAAGUUCCUCGAAACCUGGAGAGUCCACCAUGGGCUUCGACAUCCGGACUUUGCACCAGUCGGCCCAGAUGCUUUACAUGCUAAACAUUGGACAAGGCCAGUUGAGAUUACUCGCGAUGAUCUACAGGGCGACCGAUUUGACGCUCAGGGCAUCAACUGGGAAAGACUUGGUACAACGAGAAGUGCUGCCCGGCAAGCUCGCGGCAAGCUUUACACAAAUUAUACGAACCUUAGAAAUGUGUACCCGUCCAAGUAUGCUCAAGAUCUUCCUGAAACAGAAAACUUUUUCCAAUUUCGGCGCAUGGAUACCACGAAGCACCCUUCCCUGACUCAUUUUCAACUUCGGAACCUAAUAUGUGCAUCAUCGAAAAAUGACGUGUACUACGCCGGCAAGUCGAGAGUCUAUAGCAUGAAUCCGAGCAUUCAAAAGGAAACUUGUGUGAUGGAUCUUACGAAACCUUCUAUCAGUACUAUUUACCCUGGCGGGCUUCGAAUCUCGACCAUAUCGGCGAGUGACGGAGUUUUGAUUGCCGGCGGGUUUGGUGGUGAAUAUGCAAUGACCACCUUGCAUUCCAAUUAUGAUGAAGCUCAUGUGGAAGGGCUCGUGAGCCGGGAUGACAAGGGCAUUACAAACCACGUUCAUACAUUUCUUGAUCGCUUCAACUCACACCCGAAUGCCGUUUUCUCCUCGAAUGAUGGCAAGAUUCGCGUGCUUGAUUGCUAUUCCAACAGAUUCAUUCGAGAGCAUUCUUACGGAUAUCCCAUCAAUUGCUCCGCAACGAGUCCAGACGGCCGCUUGCGGGUCGUCGUCGGAGACGACACUGCUGUGACAAUUAGCGAUGCUGAGACUGGCGAAACGAUUGAAGCACUUCGGGGCCACCGUGAUUACGGUUUUGCUUGCGCGUGGGCCGAUGAUGGAAUCCAUGUUGCCACGGGGAAUCAGGAUACGCAAGUGUACAUUUAUGAUGCUCGAAUGUUCCGUCAUCCUCUGCAGAUAAUUGCAUCUGAAAUGGCCGGGGUUCGUGCUCUCCGCUUCUCUCCGGUCGGAGGCGGGCGGCGUGUUCUUCUCAUGGCCGAGCCAGCCGAUAUCGUUUCCGUUGUAGAUGCAGAAUCUUUUACAAGUAAGCAAAAACUGGAUCUGUUUGGAGAGAUUGGCGGCAUCAGCUUCACCCCAGAUGGUUCCGAGUUCUUCGUUGCGAACACGGACGAAAAGUUUGGCGGGAUUAUGGAGUAUGAGCGUGUUGGCUACGGGGCACAGUACGGCAUGAAGUACACACGACAGCGGGAAAUUGAAGAUUGCGGAGAUGCAUACUGGGAUGAAAAGGACUUUGAAUGGAUCCCUGACGAUGCCCUCUCCGACGACGAUCGUGUCAAGCGAGCUGGUGCGCAUCGUAGCCGUCGCGGCCUCGAUCUAGGAAACCUGGUGUACUAG